GUGUGUGUGUGUUAAAUGAAAGUAAUGGUGCUAGCUUUGGUUUCAGUUCACUAUCUAUAGCAGAAGUAAGUAGUAUAAUGAGUCAUGAACCAAGCUUUUUGAGCAUAUAUGAAAUAUACACUCCUGUGGAAGCAACAGCUGUAGAUGCAGGUGCAGCAAUUCAGUAAUCAAGGCCAAGAUGUGGUUGGUUGCUACUUUCCUCCUAUUGGGAAUAACACAGACACAUGCUGAAUAUCCUUCAUUGCAAGCUGUUCUGUCACAGAAGGGAUUGCAAAAAGUAUCUCACUGGGUGACUGACUGGCUUCAGGGUGAUCUGAGUACAAUUACGCUCCCAGAGAUCAAAGGGAGCAUCAGUAUUUUUGUGGGCUCUAUUCACUACUCCCUGCAUGACAUGACUAUUGUGCGCUGCGAUUUGCCAGAACCCUCUGUAUCCUUUUCAGAAGGAACAGGGUUGUCUUUCCAAUUGCAGGGACUCUCCCUUGCCAUCACUGGUCAGUGGAACACUUACUUUGGCAUCAUUCAUGAUGGUGGUUGGUUCGAUAUGGCUCUUUUUACCAUCAAUCUCAACACAUUGUUGGAGUUUGAGAACACUGAAGAGCACCUUUCCAUUACCACUGCCAUGUGUAAUGCUGAUGUAGGAGGUGUUCAAAUAAAUUUCCAUGGUGGAGCAAGUUUCCUCUUCCGGAGUUUUGUAAAAAAGUUCAGUGGAUACAUUAAAACUAUGAUCCAACAACGGAUAUGUCCACAAUUUCAGAAAGGAAUUGAAAAUAUUGACAAAUAUCUGGCUGCAAAUGAUGUCAUUAAGUUUGAUUCUUAUGUAUAUUUGAAUCUUUCGCUGACCGACUCGCCUGUUGUGUUCGACAAUGGAUUUGAAUUAAAUGUAAAGGGUGAAUUUUACAGCAUUAAGUCUCCUUCUGAGCCACCAUUUUCUCCCCACAAUUUCAAGCUGCCAUGGGAAGCAAAUUACAUGCUGUCAGUGGGUGUGUCUGAGUUCUGCAUAAACUCAGCAGCAUAUGCCUAUCUUAAAUCUGGAGUGUUGAGCAUCAACAUCACAGAUGGCAUGAUCCCCAAGGCCUCACCCAUUCACCUGAACACAAGCCAGUUUGGAUCCCUGGUUCCUCAGCUUCCCAAGAAGUAUCCAGACAUGGAGAUGGAAGUAGUGCUAUAUGCCACUGAUACCCCACUCAUUUCUUUUAAUCAAACUGUGAUUAAUGUGGAAUUGUCUGCUGCAGCCAAAUUCAGCGCUAUCAAGUCACCCACUCAUUUAAUCCCCCUCUUCACACUGGAUAUGCACUAUUCUUUUAGCGCUAAAGUCUACACCGACGGUCAGCUGCUGAAGGGUGUUUUGGAAAUGAAAAAUUUGACCGUGCAGCUUGGAUCGACAGAGAUUGAGAAAUUCGAUACCGCACCAUUUGAGAAUUUGAUGAAGACAGUAAUGAACAGCUUUGUACUUCCAAAGAUAAAUGCCCAACUGAAGGAAGGCCUUCCAUUGCCGAGUGUAAAGGGUUUCAGCUUGAAUAAAUCAGUGAUGACCAUUGAAAAUGGAUUUUUGUUUCUUGCAGCAGACAUUACUAGUCCCUUCUAGUCCCUGAAAUAAGACAUAAUGUGAUCUCUGGACGUGUAAUGAGAAAUACAGACUCCUCUGCUAUCACCAUCAUAAGGUGUAACAAUCAACUGUUACAGACGGAUUUCUUUUGAACAUGAAAUGUUAUUUCUAAAAUCAUUUGUGUAAUAAAAAUAAACUAUCAAGUAAUCAUUUCCAAACCAGCUUGCCGCACUGUAGUGCUAAUCCUAGAACAGAUAUUAUCUGAUUAUCUUAUCUAUCAAAUCAGCCGGAUUUUAUUAUUUUAAUUUUCAGUUGGUUCACUGUCAUAUCCAUUAUUCUUUUUCUAUGGUAUUUUCUGUAAGGUGGAGCAAAUAAUGUAUAAUGUAGUUAUCCAAAUGAAUUGUUACUUGCUUGCAACUCAAUUUUUCAAAGAAAUUAAAUGCAUGAAUAACGUUAAAAAGGAA